CAACACCAAAGCCCAACAACUGUGAGGGUGUGGUCAACCCAUCACUGACAGAUCCUUGCUUGCAUUGCACGUGUAACGAUGGACAGUUCGAGUGUGUCGAGAACUGUUGUCCGCCAGUCGAGUGUGUUGACAGCAUCACAAAACCUGGUGUCUGCUGUCCUGUCUGUCCUAACGGUCCUAACUGCAUGAUUGGUGGUUCUAUAGUAUCAGCUGGUCUUAUGGUGGAGGUUCCUGGGGUUGGGCUGUGUCGUUGUGGUCCCACUGAUGGGGCCUGGGGACCCCAGCCGAUUUGUAUUCCCACAACCCCCACUCCACCCACCACCACAACAACAAAAGCGACGACCACCACAACGACAGUCAAACCAACAACGACAGUCAAGCCGACCACGCCAGCCCCCAAAACGUGUGAGGGUGUUGUCAACCCCUCUUUGACUGACCCCUGUAAGCAUUGCACGUGCAAUGAUGGACAGUACGAAUGCCUAGAGAGCUGUUGUCCUGCAAUAGACUGUGUUGAUGGCAUCACCAAGCCUGGCGCCUGCUGUGAGUUUUGUCCAAAUGGUCCCAACUGUUGGAUCAAUGGAUCAAUCGUAUCAGCUGAUCGAGUGAUUGACAUUCCAGGUCAGGUCAUCUGUUUUUGUUUCUUCAGAAACUCGAGACCAGAGUCCGUGUGUUAUGACUAUCCCAAAUAAGCUGUUAGUACAACUCAUAUGUUUUGUUUAUCCUCGCAUAAAAGACGAAUUAAAAACAACAUGUAAAAAUUUUAGACUGAAAAACCUAUUGAAAUGUAUUUCCCUGCAUCUUUAAUGUGUUUACCUUCAACUUGUAUUGUUUUAAAUUAACCUUUAUCGCGUUUCUUUGCUUUCCUUGAUUGUUGAUAGUUCUCAUACGGAUUUCACAUUAUUUGAAUGGAGGGAGCGGACCGCACCGGGUGACACCAUUUAGGGGGGUGACACCAAGGCA